CCCAGUUAACGGAUGAGAAUUUGUGUUGAGCUUAUUAAGUAGCAGUGUGGAUUGUCAUAGUUUCAGCGACUCAACAGAGAAAUUUUUAGCUGCUACCCAGUGCUAAUAAAGUCGGCACAUUUUUACCGAACUAGCGACGUUAUUCACAACCACAAGGGGGCCCAACACAAACGUCUGUGAGUUCAGAUAAGGUGACCACUAUGGCCAAACGGUUUCUGAGACACCUGUGGAGUAUGACAGAAAGAGCACACUAUGUAGACAGCGAUUUACUGGUCCAAUGUCAAGGCCACGUCAAGCACGUGACUUUGAACCGGCCUCACGCGCUCAAUGCCUUGAACUUGUCUAUGGUGAGGGACCUGACGUCCAAUCUCCUGUAUUGGAAAAAUGACCCUGGCACCAGUGUGGUCACCCUAAUGGGGGCAGGGGACAAGGCGUUUUGUUCAGGGGGAGAUCUCAAAUCCAUCACAUUCUCAUCCAAACAAGGUGGAAACUAUGGCCAACAGUUUUUCUAUGAAGAGUUCACCCUCAAUCACAUCAUAGGCACCUUCCCAAAGCCACUGAUAUCAAUCAUGAAUGGAAUCACAUUUGGAGGGGCUGCAGGUUUAAGUGUCAUUGGUCGGUUCUGUGUCGCUACGGAAAAAACAGUUUUCUGCAUGCCUGAAUGUGCCAUAGGCUUAUUCCCUGAUGUUGGAUCUGGCUAUUAUCUCUCACGUUUACCUGGCAACUUGGGCUUAUUUUUAGGACUCACAGGUCAUAGGUUGAAAGGUCGUGAUGUUGUUAGAGCAGGGUUAUCUUCUCAUUACAUAGAUCAUGCCCAUAUACCUCUGUUAGAAGAAGCUUUGGAGAACCUCCCACACCCGGUCUCCAUGGAGACAGUGGAUAAAGUGUUGACUGCUUUUCAGGAAAAGAGUGAAACAAAGUUCCCAGAUAAAUUUUCUCUAGAAGAACACAGGCAGCAGAUUGAGGAUUGUUUCACAGCUGAAUCUGUUGAGGAGAUUGUAGAGAACCUCCAGCAAGAUGGCUCAGAAUGGGCCAUGAAGCAGCUCAGUGCAUUGGACAAAAUGAGCCCCACAUCUCUUAAGAUAACUUUUCGCCUGCUGAAAGAAGGUGUGAACCUUAGCCUAUCGCAGUCACUGUGCACUGAGUACAGACUGACACAGAGGUGUGUGGCAGACCUGGAUUUCCAUGAAGGCAUUCGAGCAGUUAUAUUAGAUAAAGACCACUGCCCAAGCUGGACACCUUCAACAUUAGAGGAAGUCACUGAACAAAAACUGGAUUACUAUUUUUCACCCUUGUCACAUGACAAAGAACUGAUAUUGCCAGAAACAGUUUCUUGACUUCAAUAGUUUUUAGUGCCAGCAUUUUAUAAAAUCAAGUCUUGGAAACCCGUAGCAGUUUACUACUAGAACUUUUGUACAUAUCUUUAAAAAAAUCAGUUUGCUAAAAUUUCAGUGCAAGUUCAAUCAAUUGGUAAUUCCACCUUUAUUUUUAUUUAUUGUUGUUUUACUGAUGAAAAUUUCAGUUGAAACUUUUCAUGACAUAAUUAUGUUGUUGCUGCCCAAUAUGUCCCAGAGGGUGACUUUAAAAAUGACAACUUUACUUUGUUUAGAGUAGCUGCCCAUGUCUAUGAAUGAUUGCAAUAAUCUUGAGACAUUGUUAUCAACUAUUUAGUACAAAGAAUUUGUUGAACCUUGUUGAUGUUGAUCUAAGGGAGGCUACUGUUCAAGAUAGUGCGUAGCUUCCCCUGUCUAUGAAUGAUUCUAUUUAUCAUGAGACUUAACCUUCAACCAAGAAUGUAUCUAGGUUAAUUUUUAAUUGAUCAAAGGGACGCUAUUCUAAAAUGUUGUUAGUAGCUUCCCCUGUCUAUGAAUGAUUCCAUUAAUUGGCCUAUCAUGAGACAUUCAUUUAUAAAUUACAACCUU